UUCCAGUCAGGAUUGGAACAACUCACCUAGUUGAAAUAAAUUCAAUACAAUUGUUUUCAUAAUAAUUAGAUCUUUUGCUAUAGCAUUAUCAGUUUAACUAUUGUCAGCUGUGGUAAAUACAAUAUAACCUCAAUUUCAGCGUAUUGCAAACCUAUUUCGCGGAUACAUUUUCGUUGAAUAAUGAAUGUUUAAUUCUCAUUAAUUUAAAUCACUGCAAUCAUGAACUUUUUGAGAUCUACAAGAAAACUUUUAAAUCAUAAGACUUUUUUGAAGGGAAGUAGAUUAUUUUCACUUGCCCCACAGACAGAGGCAGUUGAGUCUAUCAAUGAGAAUGAGAUGACAAAAUUAGAUGAGAAUGUAUUGAAACAUCCCGAUUACUUUCAUGUUCAUAAUUUAUUCACGGUAAAAGAUUUGUUUGAAGCAAGGGUGCAUUAUGGACAUAAAGAAGGCUCCUUGGAUAAUCGAAUGUUACCUUAUAUAUAUGGCAGCAGAUUAGGUCAUAUUAUAUUUGAUUUGAACUUAACUGCAGAUUAUUUAAGAAGAGCUUUGAACAUUGCUGCUCAUAUAGCAUAUAGGGAUGGAAUAAUACUAUUCUUUUUGAAAGGGGCCCAAAAUUCCCACCUAGUUGAAAAAACCGCUUUGGAAUGUGGAGAAUUUGCCCAUACAAGAUUCUGGAGAGGAGGAAUAUUUACCAAUGCAACUAAGCAAUUUGGUGCAGUUACAAGAUUGCCUGAUUUAUGUAUAUUUUUCAAUACAAUGAAUGAUGUUUUGGUACAACAUACAGCAGUCAGAGACUCAGCUAAAAUGGGAAUUGCAACCAUCGGAAUAGUUGAUUCAAAUUGUAAUCCAAAUUUAAUAACAUAUCCGGUACCUGGAAAUGACGAUACACCGAAGGCCAUUCAAUUAUACUGUAAUUUAUUUAAGAAAGCCAUUCAAAGAGGAAAAGAUAAAAGGAAAGAACAUUUGAAAAUACUGGAAAAUUCAAAUAAAGAAAAGUAAUUAAAUAUGUUUCCAUA